CACCAUACCACAGCAAGCAUGGAGCCCGCUCAGCUCAAGACAGCAGUCAUGAACAUUGUAAACACCUCGCGCAUUCUCGUGCAGUUUAUGCUGAACCAGGACCUGAAAAACCAAGUGAGGAGGAGGCGGCUAUGGCAGUGCGGCAACGAGAGCAAUGAGGACAUAGACACAGAAUACUCUCAAACUGCGGGCCCCAGCACUUUGGAGAUCAUGCUGUUAAUGGGGCAGGUUAUAGCUGUGGAACACCGAUUCUGGGCCCAGGAAACAAGCACAGACUGGUGGGAUCGCAUAGUGUUGCAGGUGUGGGACGAUUCCCAAUGGCGGCGAAAGGUUUGCAUGCGUAAGGGCACUUUCAUGGAACUUUGUGACUUGCUUUCCCCUGCCCUGAAGCGCCAGAAUACCAAGAUGAGAGCAGCCCUCACAGUUGAGAAGCAAGUGGCAAUAGCUCUGUGGAAGCUUGCAACGCCAGACAGCUACCGGUCAGUCGGGAAUCAAUUUGGAGUGAGCAAAUCUACUGUGGGGGCUGCUGUGAUUUCAGUAGCCAAAGCAAUCACUGAGCUGCUGCUACCAAAGGUAGUGACUCUGGGAAAUGUGCAGGUCAUAGUGGAUGGCUUUGCUGCAAUGGGGUUCCCUAACUGUGGUGUGGUGAUAGAUGGAACCCGUAUCUCUAUCUUGGCACUGGAGCACCAGGGCAGCCAGUACAUAAACCGCAAGGGGUACUUUUCAGUGGCGCUGCAAGCACUGGUGGAUCACAAGGGACAUUUCACCAACAUCAACGUGGGAUGGCCGGGAAGGGUUCAUGAUGCUCGUGUCUUCAGGAACACUACUCUGUUUAAAUGGCUGCAGCAAGGGAUUUACUUCCCAGACCAGAAAAUAACUGUUGGGGAUGUUGAAAUGCCUAUAGUUAUCCUUGGGGACCCAGCCUACCCCUUAAUGCUAUGGCUCAUGAAGCCAUACACAAGCAGCCUGGACAGUAGUCAGGAGCUGUUCAACUAUAGGCUGAGCAAGUGCAGAAUGGUGGUAGAAUGUGCAUUUGGACGUUUAAAGGGUAGCUGGUGCACUUUACUGACUCGCUCAGACCUCAGCCAAACCAAUAUUCCCAUUGUUAUUGCUGUUUGCUGUGUCCUCCACAAUCUCUGUGAGAGUAAGGGGGAGACCUUUAUGGUGAGGUGGGAGGCUGAGGCAAAUCACUUGGCCACUGAUUACGUGCAGCCAGACAUCAGGGCAGUUAGAAGAGCACACCAGGAAGCGGUGCACAUCAGAGAAGCUUUGAAAACCAGUUUCAUCACUGGCCAGGCUACGGGUGUGAGAGUUCUGUUUGUUUCUCCUUGAUGAAAACCUGCCCCCUUGAUUGACUCAUUCCCUGUAAGCCACCCACCCUCCCCCCUUCAAUCACAGCUUGCUUUCAAAGGAAAUAAAGUCACUAUCGUUUAAAAACCA